GUCCGACUGCAUGAGACACAGUGAGGAAAUGCAAAUGGGAUCAGUUAGAACUGGCCUUCACAUUUCUCUGUGUCACUCACUUUCAACCAUUUGCCUCCAAGAUCUGAACAAGGACUUUUUCCUCACAAUUUGAACAUGGAGAUUUGAUCCAAAAUCAUGACAAUGACUUUCUUUGGAAAAUAUAAGAAUCCGCACAGUCUACCUCCUGCUCCACCCAGGAGGUCAGAUACCACUUCAGAGUUUGGCUGGCCAGAGGAAGAGUUUGAGGAUGAAGAGGAUGGGGAUAUGUACGAACCACCUCCUUGUGAACGUCCGCCUCUGAAAUUUUCACCACUACCCAAGCAAGAUAACGUUUAUCUGGAAAGAACGCCCGAUCCUGGUGUUCCACAAAGGCAGGCUGUUCCUUCCCCCAGACCACAAAGGGAACUGGCAAAGCAGCUUAGGAAAAACUGUGGUAAGUCAGAUCACAAAAGCAACCAUCGUCAGCCUGGUACUGAUCAGUUCCACGAUGAUUCCAUCUACAAGAAACCACCUAAGAUAGACAGAAGUGAGAAACCGGGGAGGAAGGCCAAGGCUCCUCUUCCAGUCCAGUCUGCUCACACUCCGACCCCGACCUCCAACACUGAGGAAGAUGUGUAUCUGGAUCUGAAUGAAGACCAGGAUGAUGAUGGUGAUGAUGAGCUGUACUUAGAGCCAACUGCUGCUUGCCCUCCUGUACCCUCUGGUGUGAUGAGGAUUAAUCCACCUUCAAAGCCAGUAAUUGCUCCUGCUCCCAUGCAAAGGAUGAAGCCUCCUUUUCCCAGAGCUACGUCUAAUUUUCUUUUCCCUCUGAGUGAUGUGAAAACAGCACCUUCAUCAGAUGUAAGACGUGCAUCUGUUCCUCCACCAACUCACAGCAUUAAACCUCUUCUCUCUGCAAAGAUGAAGGAACUGAAAGCCUGGUCAGAAGUCAGCCUUACAAAUCCUCAAAUUGGAAACGUGAAGACUGCAGCUUUUUCUAGUGCUGUGAGACCUACCAGGCAAUCAGGGAAUGAGGACAAACAGUGGUUUGCCGGAUAUUGUACGAGAGAGAUAGCUGAGGAUCUGUUACUGAGAGUCAAUAAGGACGGAGCUUUCCUCAUCAGGUACAGCUCAACUCAAAAAACCCGCCAGCCGUACACACUCGCAGUACUGUACAAGGAGAAGGUGUACAACAUUCACAUCCGCUUCCUGGAGGAAGUACAAGGCUAUGCCCUUGGAAAAGAUGGCAAGAAGAAUGAAGAGGAGAAGAUUUUUGGCAGUCUGGAGGAGAUCAUUUCUUACCACAAGAAAAAUCAUCUGUUUCUCAUUGACAGCAAGAGCCAAGCCAAGCACCUGACAUACCUAACCCACCCUGUACGCCCUUAAAGCCAUGCUGACCAGGAGCCUAUAUUGUGCCUUUAUAUGAUUCAGCAUACAAGCACUUUUAAAUGUUAUAAAACACAGACCUGCACCAGCCACCCACAAAGAAAGAAAAGAAAAAGUAACUUAAAGUUUCUGAAUACACAUAACUUAGAAUUUUUAUAUAUUAACAAAUUUUUUUAAAAUACAAUGUGAUUAUUAAAUUUACAGAACCAUAUUUCAUUCACUGGAUUAAAAAAAAAAUUAGACCCCUGAUCUCAUAAUUACAAGAUCUUUUCAGCAAAUACGAGAUCUUUUCUCGUAAUUACGUGAUUGGGGUCAGUUUUUUUCAAUCCAGUGAAUGCAAUAGGGUUCCAUAUAAAAUAUUUUUAGAAUAGCUGAGAUUGUAGAGAAGAUUCAAGCUUCUCUACUAUGGAAACCACCUGGACAACUGAGAGUCUUCACAGAAAAAUAGCUGAGAUUGUAAAAAUCUUAUCAUGUCAGCAAUUAUUGCGCAAUAUUAACUGCUCUCUGUUAACAGGAAAAUGUGUCACUGUGUUGGUGUAAAAUCAUUUUACAGUUAUCUGACGUGUAUAUUUUUUUCUGCCUGUAAAAACACAUGACACGAUUUAAUCACUUUUCAGCAAAAUUCUUUACUGUUACUUUGUGACAUUUCCAUUAUUAGAUUGUUAAAAUCAAUAAAAGUAAGACAAUUUCAGAAAUACCUUCACAGUCAGGCCCAAAAGUAAUUGGACAGGAACAAUUUCUGCAAUUUUGCUUUUGUACAUCGCUGCAUUGGAGUUGAAAUGAAACAAUCAAGAUAUGGUUGUAAUGGCUGUAAUUCCUAAAUGGGUCAUACAAUAUUUUUGUUGAACCCUUUGAAUUAAAGCUGAAAGUCAACAGUACAAGCACCUUAUGACUUUUUCAUUUCAGCCCCACUGUGGUGGUGUACAGAUGCAAAAUUAUAGAAAAAUGUCACUGUCUAAUUACUUAUGAACAUGAUUGUAUGGUCAUAUACAGAAGUAUGUACUUGCGCAGUAAAACUCAAUACUCCAAAAUCAGUACAAAUAUGAAUGCUUUUUAAUGUAACACAACUUAAUCCUCACUUUCACAGCCUUUUUUUUUUAAAUAUACAAAUCAGGGAACAGACAGAACAUUUCAAAGUCACUGAAUAUAACUUGAUGCUCAUUUACAUCAAUCAGUAAUGAAUAGAAACACUACGGUAGUGUAAGGUUGUUAAGAGCAGGCUUACUUCAAAAAUACAAUCAUAGUGAAUGAAGCAGACUAGUGAGGGAAGCUUCCAAGACACACAUGAUAACACUGAAAAAGUACAGACUUCUGUGGAUGUGACAGGAAAAACUGGGCACAGAGGGAGCUCAAGCCUGGAUUUCUUGUUUCUGAUUUUAAAAGUUCUUUUUUGUGUUACUGUACCAUGAUGCUGGUGAAUCACCACACAAUGGUUGCCUGAUGUUCACUUUGUCCAAUCACAUCCUCAGAAGCUUGUACCUCCUUUAGAGUUGUCAAAUGUCUUGGAAGCUUCCUUCAGUUGCCUGCUUCAUUCACUGUCACUCUGUUUUUCUGUUUUAUUCACUAGAGUUCUCCAGCACCAUACUUAGCUCAUUCAGCUCUGUUGGCGCCGCUUCAUUGUUGUGUGUGUGUGUGUGUGUGUGUGUGUGUGUGUGUGUGUGUGUGUGUGUGUGUGUGUGUGUGUGUGUGUGUGUGUGUGUGUGUGUGUGUGUGUGUGUGUGGUAGUGUUAUAAACACCACAGAAGCUGCUGCUUGAUGAAGCACUUUCAGGAAACUUACUCCUAACCACGUGUAUGUUCUCACCAUUUCAUUCUUGACUGAUUCUUGUCAAAGAAGGUGAAGUGGCAAAUUGAGGGUGUGAUGCGUUUGUGCAAAUGACACCACUGAUUAUUCCUGCUUCCUGUCAUAUUUAAACUUAAUUAUCUCUGGUCAACCCACAACAAUGGGGCUGACAAAGCAAAACCAUCCCAUCCACCCAUAGAAAAUGGAUGGAUGGAAUGGGGGGCAGGAGGGGAGUAGAGCCUAUCCCAGCAGAAAGAAUGUGUGAGGUGGGGUACACCCUGGACAGGAUGCCAAUCUGUAAAGCAAAGCCAACAUUGAGAAUCAACACUACACACAACCAUCAGAGUUAAAUCUGACACUACACAGUUUUUCAUCUUUACACAGUGACAGCAUCCCUCUGGAGGGAGAGGAAACUCUUUAAAUUUACAUGCAACUUAGUAAAGCACUGACUCUGUUUUCUUUGUGGUUAUGAAUGUUUGCAGCCUCCAGUCUACAUAUUCAAUGAAAAUGAAUGGAUAAAAAAAGCAUGGAAUUAAAUUUCAGAUUAAAGCAGGAAAUUGAGCAUUAGAUAGUAUACAUGAAGCUUUUUUUAUAUACAGUAUAUAUAAAAGAAUCUUGAACACACCGAUCUUAAUAAAAGUUUGUAUUCUGUUGUGCAGUUAUCUGUUUUUAGUCUUAAUUUGUUGCAUCUUUCUGUGCAUGUCAGUUUUCUCAUUCGCUGGCUGUUCAUAAAUGUCUAUGUACUGUAUAAUUCUUCCUGUCUGUGUAAGCUUUGGUUGUAUUUAUCAGUAACAGAAGUGAAUAUUGCAUUCUGUAAACCAAAUUUAUAGGAAAUCAAAUGUCAUUUUUUGUCCCACAUAUGCUGUGCAUAAUACUGACUAAUGGGCUAGUUGUAAAGUUAACAAUAUUAACCAACAAGUGACUUUUU